AUGUUUAUUUCAACAAAAACGACAAUCACAUCUCCUAUUUCUGAUUUUGUCGACAAAUUUACAACUGAAAUUGAAGACUUAGAAAAGCAUAUUGAUCGGGUGCGUCAACAAUUUCGAGCAGCAAAGAAAGCAAGAGAAGUCGCACUUGAAGAAGAAAACGUUGCUACGAUACAAUUGGAUUGGUCGGAGAAUUACAACCUAAAGCAAGCACGCCAGGAGAAAGCUUCUUAUUACUACGAACAACAUAUAUCGAUACUCAGUGGUUACGUAUGGAUGAAAGAUGGUUGUUAUAGCUUUGGUUCGGUGUCUGACGAUACUAAUCACAUGUUCGAAGCAGCGUGGACGGGUUUACAACCGAUUUUCGACAAGUUAAAAAAUAAUCCGUCAAGAAUUACAACGAUUAUUUUCAUAUCUGAUUCUCCAGUUUCUCAAUUUCGCAACAAAACCACCUUCUUUUUCUUAAAACAAUAUGCUGUAACUAAUCAAACUACGAUGAAAUGGAUUUAUUUGGAGGCAGGUCACGGUAAGGGAGUGGCGGAUGCAUCGGGUGCCACGAUUAAACGAUUGAUGGAUCAAACUGUGGCUUUUCAUCCUGACGAGUCUUACAGAAACGCAGCUGAUUUGAUCAAUGAAGUCAAGAAGAAGACCAAUAUAAAGCUUUUCACAUAUUCACGAGAAGAAAUCGAUUCUUUGAAGAAAAAUAUACCUUCUUUAACAGCUAUCAAGGGUACGGCAUCGCUUCACGAAGUCACAGUCAAACCAGAUGGUGCAUUAUAUGGCAAAGACACUUCUUUUGGUACAGAACGACUGCUGAAACUCAACUUUUGA